AUGGGUAGAUGCGCGCUCCCGCGAUUCAAGGCGGCCGGCCGCGCUGAUGACGGACGAUAUUGUUUCGCCGAUGAACUACGCGUAACCGUGCGCUCCUGCCGAUGGCGCGGUUCGCUUUUCUGUCAUGCGAUUGUGAUUUGUUUACUGCGUCGAUACGCGCGGCGUACGAUACGACCGCUGCCCGCGUCGGUCGGCGACCGGCUGAGCAGAGCGGCGAGACGGUUCCGCCGCGCCCGCCUCUUACGAGUUUUUCGUGCGCCGGCUUUCGGCCGCGCCGAAGUCAGCCGACUACGCCCGAAGCGAUUAGCUGCCCGGAUGAUCCGCGGGCAACUCGCUGCCGAUUCCCCACAAGCA